AUGAGUGAGUGUUUGAAAUAUCAGAAACCAGAUAUUGAAUGCAUGUGUUAUGCGAUUGUUUCACACAACAUUGAUUGUGUCACAUUUUUGAUGAAUGAAUACAAUAUAAAGAUCAAUUUAUAUCAAUGUGCAGUGUAUAAAAAUCUUGAACCAUUUUUAGUUUAUUUCGAUCAAACUAAUGAUGUUAACCAAUGCUUUGUUUAUUCGGCGUUGUUUGAAAUGUUAUCUCUUUGUGAAUAUUUCCUUUCACUUGGUACAAAUAUUAAUAUAUUAAUGGGAGAAUUUGGAACAGCUCUUCACAUUGCAACAAUGUAUAAUUGUAAAGAGAUAGCUGAAUUUCUUAUAUCGCGCGGUAUAAAUAUCAACGAGAAAAAAAUUAAAGGAAGUACACCUCUUCAUGAUGCAGCAAAAUCUAAUAACAAAGAAAUGGCUGAGCUUUUAAUUUCUCAUGGUGCAAAUAUCAACGAAAAAGAUGAUAAAAAAAGAACUGCUCUUCAUGAUGCAGCACGGUAUAAUAGCAAAGAAAUGGCUGAACUUUUAAUUUCACUUGGUUUAAAUAUCAACGAAAAAGAUAGACGUGGAAAUACACCUCUUCAUGAUGCAGCAUGUGAAAAUAGUAAAGUAACAAUCGAAUUUCUUCUUUCACAUGGCGCAAAUAUCAAGGAAAAGAAUAAUGAUGGAAAAACCGCUUUUCAUCUUGCAGCAUUGAAUAAUUGUAAAGAAACUGUCGAAUUUCUUCUUUCACAUGGCGCAAAUAUCAGAGAAAAAGACAAUGAUGGAAAAACCGCUUUUCAUCUUGCAGCAUUGAAUAAUAGUAAAGAAACUGUCGAAUUUCUUCUUUCACAUGGCGCAAAUAUCAAUGAAAAAGACAAUGAUGGGAAAACCGCUCUUCAUUUUACAGUAGAUCAUAAUAGUAAAGAAACAGCCGAAUUUCUUCUUUCACAUGGUAUAAACAUCAAUGAAAAAAGUAAAUAUGGAGAAACAGCUCUUCAUUACGCAGCAAAAAAAUUGUAA